ACCGACGAUGGAGGAAGUCCAAGUUGAACUAUCAUUCGCGGAAUUGGUGCUGCUCGAGAGCAUACCGGUCCAUUGGCAAGCCAGAUGUUCCAUUCGCAAGGAUAUUGCAGGCACUUCCGCCUGCAUGAAUCUGCGGCCUCCUGAAGCGCAGAUACUGGUGGACGCCUUGCACAGAGAGCUAAGCAUCAUGCCUACAACGCCCCAAGAGCGCCACCAGUGGAAGGAACUUCAAAAGCUUUUUGUCAAAUUCUGCGGUGAUCAAUGGCCAUCGACACUGCGUCUCGCAGGGAUCAUACCUCUUCCCGAUGCUCCCGUUUACAGUGGCUUUGCUGAUGUUUUCAAGGGGAAGUACUUUGACCAGGAAGUGGCCCUUAAGAGGGUGCGACAGUUCGGGAAUGGCACCUCAAAACAUUUCCAGCGUUUUUACCGGGAACUCGCAAUUUGGCAGCAUCUAAAGCACCCGAAUGUGUUACCUCUGUUAGAUAUAUCAGAGAUCACGAAACAUGUAUUUCUGGCAUAGACGCAUUGCUGCUCGAUACUGUUAAGGGCAUUCAAUAUCUGCAUGGUCAUGCGAUCGUGCAUGGCGACAUCAAAUGUGGGAAUAUUCUGGUUGGAGAUGAUUCGCAUGCACGCGUCGCAGACUUUGGACUAUCCAACAUGAUGAUAGAUAACAACGCGACGAUUACGGAGACCCCAGGCUCGCACCAAUGGAACGCGCCAGAACUAUAUUCAUCGACUAGCCGAUCUCGUACACCGGAAACUGAUAUGUAUGCUCUGGCCUGCACGUUCGUUGAGGCAUAUUCUGGGAAAGUUCCUUUCCACAACAUACCGUUCGCUCCGGCAGUGAUGUUUGAAGUCGUGGCAGGCCGUCGGCCUCCCAGACCAUGUGUCCGCAAUGGGGACGCCAACGACAUGUCACAGGAAAUGUGGGACAUAGUUGAGCGGUGCUUUCGAGCUAGACCGGAAUCCAGACCUACGGCGGACAAGGUCGCAGACGCUCUUCGUAACAUGGUCGAAGUUACAAAGAGAUUCGACAGUGACUCAGAAGGGGGUCCCGUCUCUCCUUCGACCACACUCGUAUCCUCCGGCGAAUUCCACGACAGACGGAGUGAUGAAGGUGCUGAAGAGGAAGACGAUGAUACCGAUGAAAUACUAUCCGCGUUCAAUGAUUUGUCCUUGAGGUCUUCACCGUGGACUGACAGAUGGGUGUCAGACAGAUCACAGAUUCAGAGCGGUCGCGUUCGUGCCGUUGCUAUUUCCUCCGAUGGGCAGCAAAUCUCUUGUGGGCAGCUGGAUAGCAUCGCUGCUGUAUGGCAUCUUGACUCCAUGGGGUCUUCCACCGGGAGAAUCCUCGCAGGACACCAGUUCUCCGUCAACGCUGUCGCGUUCUUCCCUGAGAGCCCAUAUAUGAUUUCCGGGGCCAGCGAUAAAGCCAUAUACAUCUGGGAUACCUUUACCGCCAGACAGUCCCGCACCUUGAUCGGACACCGCGGCAGUGUCAACAGCAUUUCCAUCUCUCAUGACGCCCGUUACUUUGUUUCGUGCGGAGCCGAUAAAUGCAUAUGCAUUUGGAGGAGACAUCUCGACAGCACAACUUCGCCGGACUUCGAGCCCCCCGCUAAGCUCCUCAACGGCCACAAGAAGGAGAUAACGAGUGUUGCUGCUUCAGCGGAUGGACGACAUUUCAUAUCUGGGUCACUCGACUCGUCCGUUUGUCUGUGGGACCUGCAUAAGCAAGUACAGCUGUCCACGAUGAACUCGCAUACCGAUGGUGUUCGGUCAGUGUGUUGUUCUGUGGAUGGUAGUAACGGUCGCGUCGUCUCCGGGUCCAUGGACCGCCGCAUUCUCGUAUGGGAUGUGCGAGCACAUGAGGCUCGACCCGUCCAACUCACAGGGCAUGACAAUCCUGUCUUCUCCGUGGCCAUCUCACAUGACGCCAACUAUGCUGUAUCUGGGUCCAUGGAUCGGAGUAUCCGCGUAUGGGAUCUCCGGAUGAACAAAUUACUCGGUGUUCCAUUGACAGGUCACAAGAAAGCUGUACAAGCGGUGGCCUUGUCUUCCGAUGACAAAAGUCUCGUUUCCGGGGGAAGUGAUUGCACGGUCAGGUUGUGGACGAUGCCGUGAAGCCAACAGAAGAGACAGAGCCUAAGUUUUACUGAACCGAUCCGUCCCAAAGUAGGGAAUUUUGUUACCAUACUACGGCGAGCAAUGAGACAUC